AUGGGAUCUGUUGCCUCCGCCGCCGUGCCACCUCCUCCUCACUCAGCGCCGCCCCAGGUGGGCGCGCCGCCCUAUGGGCCCGGGCUCGCCGGGAUCCUCCCGCCGAGGUCGGAGGGGGAGGAGAAGAAGGAGGAGAAGGUGGACUACCUCAACCUCCCCUGCCCCGUGCCAUUCGAGGAGAUCCAGCGCGAGGCCCUCAUGUCUUUGAAGCCUGAACUUUUUGAAGGAUUGAGGUUUGACUUCACAAAACCGUUGAAUCAAAAGUUUUCUCUUAGCCACAGCGUUUUUAUGGGCUCCUUAGAAGUUCCAGCCCAGGCAUCUGAAACUAUUAAAGUUCCAACUGCGCAUUAUGAAUUUGGUGCCAAUUUUUUAGAUCCAAAGUUAAUGCUCAUUGGAAGGGUGAUGACAGAUGGAAGGCUUAAUGCUCGUGUGAAAUGUGAUUUGACAGACAAUCUGACGCUGAAAGUAAAUGCACAGCUUACCCAAGAGGCACAUUACUCACAAGGAAUGUUUAACUUUGACUACAAGGGAAGUGACUAUCGAGCACAAUUCCAAAUUGGGAACAAUGCAUUCUAUGGUGCAAAUUAUAUUCAGAGUGUUACUCCGAACCUAUCAAUGGGAACUGAAAUGUUCUGGCUUGGUCACCAAAGGAAGUCUGGAAUUGGUUUUGCCUCUCGCUAUAACACGGACAAAAUGGUGGGCACUCUACAGGUCGCAAGCACUGGAAUAGUUGCCUUAAGUUAUGUCCAGAAGAUCUCCGAGAAGGUUUCCCUUGCGUCUGAUUUCAUGUAUAACCAUAUGUCAAGAGAUGUAACUGCCAGCUUUGGUUAUGAUUACUUGCUUAGGCAGUGCCGUCUAAGAGGGAAAAUAGACUCAAAUGGUGUUGUUGCCGCAUACUUGGAGGAGAGGUUGAACAUGGGUGUCAACUUCCUUCUAUCUGCUGAGAUUGACCAUUGUAAGAAGAACUACAAGUUUGGUUUUGGAAUGACCGUAGGAGAGUAA